GAUGCCCAGGGGGUGAUCUGCGGCGACGAGAUCGAAAGCCAGAGAUUGAUCGAUGCUUUCGGGAGAGAAAACGUCACGUCGGAGCGGGACUGGGGGCGAUGCUAUGGGAAGGGAAGUGAUGUUUUGCAUUUAAAGGGGUGACUCCUGUUUUCGUUGACACCCAUCGACAUACAUCAGCGACUUUUUCGCCUUCUCGCGUCUAAGCUGGCACGGUCCAUGGAAUCAUACAAUUCAAUAGCGCCCCUGGUCAAAUGUGCUUAUGAAUGACAUCAAACACCGGCCGGUCUCACCACGGCCCUCUUCGCAAGCAGCCUGUCCCGAUUCCCCAUUUCCCACACAAUUCCCACCACCGCCUCCCCAGCCAAGGCUCAUCGAGCAGCGCCGUCCCCAUCCCUCCGCCGCCGCCUCCUCCUCCCCUUCGACCCGCCUCCGUCCAAAAUCGCCCUGAAGCCCUCCACGAUCGCGAUCAUCGCCACCGCGAUCAGAUACUGCAUCAUCGACACCACCCACCUCGCCGGCGGGAAGCGCAGGAUGGGGUUCCCCCCGUCGUCGCGGACCCGCCCGGCGCCGCGGAGGAAGCGCGCCGUCGCAUCGUCGGCGGAGGACGAGGACGGGGGACGUCGAUGACGUGGUUCGGACAUGGGCGCCCGGAUGGUGAGCGCUGGAGCGCGGGCGGGCGUUAGGGUUGGGGCUUACGCCGGCGGCGGGGGGCGCGCGGGGCGGUUGAUCGACGCGAGAGAGAGAGAGAGAGUCACGGAUCGCCCCGUCGAGGUGUCGAGAUGCUUUGUCCCGCCGUGUGAGCGGGUGUCGUCGUUGGAACUGCGCAGAGGAUUUCGUAGGGAGAAGAAAGAAUUACAUCUACAGGAGGGACGGGUACAUCGAGGACGAAAGAGCGGGCAGAUGCGACCGGUGGAUGACGAUGCAUCGAGGCCUCUCCCUCCCUCUCUCUCUCUCUCCGGCGGCGUGGCGCGGCUCGGCACACCGCGGAGAUCUGCCCGCCCGGGCGCGCCCCUCGAUGGCCGUCAUCAGCCGCUCUCUCCGCGCAAGCUUUCCGGCGUCGUCCCUGCGACCGCACUCCCC